CAUUAGUUUAUUGCAUUAAAAUGAAAAGAGCACAUGUUGCUCUCUCUUUCCACCGAGUUUCCUAUCAAUACUUCUCUAUAUAUAUAGGAAUUAAAACCAUUCCUUCUUCCACAAAUCCCAGAAAAGGAAAAAAAAGAAGUCAAUAAGAUCGAACUCUUACUACGAAUCUCUCAACGUUCUUUCUAAGCUUACAUAUACAUACUCAAGAGUCAAGAAGAUUCAUCGUACAAUCUUAACAUCCAUGGACCAGUACCCAUCAUCUUUGGUCGAUACUUCUUUAGAUCUCACUAUUGGAGUUACGCGAAUGCGAGUUGAAGAAGAUUCCACGACAACUGCUUUAGUGGAUGAAUUAAACCGAAUGAAUGCUGAGAACAAGAAGCUCUCAGAGAUGCUAACUUUGAUGUGUGACAAGUACAACGUAUUGAGGGAACAGCUUAUGGAAUAUGUUAACAAGACCGAGAGAGACCAAGUCAGUCCUCCCAAGAAACGCAAAUCUCCAGCGAGAGAUGACGCAAAUAGUUCGGCGGUGGUCGGUGGAGUAUCGGAGAGUAGCUCUACGGAUCAGGAUGAUCAGUAUCUGUGUAAGAAGCAAAGAGAAGAGACUGUUGUGAAGGAGAAAGUCUCAAGGGUUUAUUACAAGACCGAAGCUUCUGACACUACCCUUGUUGUGAAAGAUGGGUAUCAAUGGAGGAAGUAUGGACAGAAAGUGACUAGAGAUAAUCCAUCUCCAAGAGCUUACUUCAAAUGUGCUUGUGCUCCAAGCUGUUCUGUCAAAAAGAAGGUUCAAAGAAGUGUGGAGGAUCAAUCAGUGUUGGUAGCAACUUAUGAGGGUGAACAUAACCAUCCAAUGCCAUCACAAAUCGAUUCAAACAGUGGCCUAAACCGUUCUCCUGGUGCUGCCAACAGAAGUAGGAGCUUGGCUGAGCCUGUGACUACCAUUGAUCUGACUGAAACUAAGAAAGUGACAAGCCCAUCAAGAGUAGAUUUUCCAGAAGUUCAGAAACUUUUGGUGGAGCAAAUGGCGUCUUCCUUGACAAAAGAUCCAAACUUCACAGCAGCAUUAGCAGCAGCUGUUACCGGGAAAUUGUACCAACAGAAUCAAACCGACAAGUAGCUUAGCUUCAAAUUCUGUUAAGUGUUUUUUUUUUAGAUUGAACUUGGCAUAUGUGAGAGAGAGAGAGUAGAUCAUAUGAUCCCUUCGGGUACUGAAAAUGUAACAUUGUAAUCGUUUUCAUGCAAUCUCCAAUACCUAGUUUGACAACAAA